GGCACUGAAAUAUAUUUCUGAGCUAGUCAACCGAGCAAACCCUACAGGGAAAGAAUGCCAGAGUACUGCGUCACCGGAGGCGCUGGUUUUAUAGCCUCCUACCUCGUGAAAGAGCUUCUUCUCAGAGGACACCAUGUUCGAGCCACAGUUAGAGAACCAGGAGAUGAGGUUAAGGUUGGAUUUUUAUGGGGUUUUGAUGGAGCGAAGGAGAGGUUAAGGUUGAUGAAAGCUGAUCUAUUGGUGGAGGGGAGCUUUGAUGAGGCUUUGGACGGUGUUGAUGGAGUCUUCCACACCGCUUCUCCUGUUCUCACCAAUGGAGAUGCUCAGGAGUCUCUCGUUGACCCGGCCAUCAAAGGCACGGUGAAUGUGCUCAAAUCUUGUGUUAAAUUUAGCUCGAUCAAGCGUGUUGUGCUCACCUCAUCCUGCUCCGCUAUAAGAUAUCGUGAUGAUUCUACUUUAGUCUCUCCACUAAAUGAAUCCCAUUGGAGUGAUCCUGAGUACUGCAAGAGAUAUAACCUAUGGUAUGCAUAUGGUAAGACUCUAGCUGAAAAGGAAGCUUGGAUACUUGCAGAGGAGCAUGGCUUAGAUCUUGUAGCAGUUAACCCAUCCUUUGUAGUUGGUCCUUUGCUCUCUCCACAUCCCACAAGCACUCUCCAAUUUAUAUUGUCUAUAAUGAAAGGCGAGCGCGCAACAUAUCCAAAUACAACAAUAGGCUUUGUUCACAUUGAUGAUGUUGUUUCUGCUCACAUGCUUGCAAUGGAGGAUAGUACAGCUUCAGGAAGACUGGUCUGUUCAAGCAGUGUUGCACAUUGGUCAGAGAUUAUAGAGAUGUUGAGGGAGACGUAUCACUCUUACUCAAUUCCCAACAAGUGUGAUGAGAAGGAAGGAGAUAGCAAUCCACACAGUAUGAACUGUAGCAAAUUGGAGGAAUUGGGGCUCAAAUCUUUUAAGACUGUAACCCAAAUGUUUGAUGAUUGCAUACUGAGCUUCCGAAACGGCGGGCUUCUUUGAGAAAUAAAACCAACAUUACUCCAUCUCUCUCGUAUUGAUGACUUUGAUAACAACCUCAAC